AUGCCGCCACGGAUCCCCAAGCCCGAGGACUUCGAGCACCUCCGUCCCGGACUCAGCUUCAUCCUGAACUACCCGGAGGUGGCGGAGACGACGACGGCGAUCCUGAUCGUGUUCCACGGCCUCGGGGACUCGGACAGGAACUUCGCUCGGUUCGCCGAGACCGUCGCCCUGCCGGGCGUGCUCGCCAUCACCGUCCGCGGCGUCUCCCCGCUCCCGCCCGCCCUCCUCGGCCUCCCGGACGGGUCCGCCCCCACCAGCCACUUCCACUGGGGCGACGACCUGACCCUGUCGCCCGACACGGGCGACCUGGACCCGGACCCCGGCUUCGCCAAGGCCGAGGAGCUGGUGCUGGGGAAGCUGAUCCGCGAGACCCUGGUCGCGGCGUGCGGCUGGGACCUGAGCGACAUCCUGCUCUUCGGCUACGCACAGGGCGGGUCGCUGGCCCUGGGCCUGGCGUCGCGGCUGCGCGGCGGGGGCGGGCGCGUCGUGGACGUCACGCAGGGGGAGCGGCCGGCUGAGACGGCCUUCAAGGGCGCGGUGUCGAUCGGGGGCCCGCUGCCGAUGAGCAUGGUGCCGACUUUGAGUGCGCGCGAGAAGGCGCGGACGCCGGCCCUGAUAUGCCAUGGCCGGGCGAGCGAGCUGCUCGAUGAGGAGGCUGUGGAGCUGGUGAAGAAGGAGUUCGCCGACGCCAGGGAGGUCAAGUGGAACAAGCCGGAUGAUGGCAUGCCUGGCAGCCGGGAAGAAAUGCUCUCCAUCAUGCAGUUCUUCGCGGAGAGGCUGCAGAGUCCUUUGUAG